GCCAAAUAGUAGGUGGUCUUUUGGUCGUAGUAUUACAAAACGACAAAGAAUACUUGAUAAAACGACAUCCAAGUGUCUGAAUACUUCUCUAGUUUUUCAACACGCUUUCUUUUGUUUUUCCACCGAAAACACAACAAUUGUCUCUUGCUUUCCCCUAUUAGAAGGGGCAUUUUUAACUUGUAAAUUGGGAACUGUAGAGUGUAAACAUAAAAAUUAGUAAAUAGUCAAAACGAGUCUUCACAAUUGUGGUCCUACUAAGUCAUAGCUAGAAGGUAUGGGCCGUAUGUCUGGCCCCAUAUUAGACGUUUCAAGCCUCGUGUCUCCUUAUUAUUUUUUUUCGUUCACGUUUUUACAAUCUAGUAAAUUAAAGUGUUAUGUCGAAUCAAACUAUUUAUUUGAGAAAGACAAAAACAAUCUCUUUUCACACCGCUAGCUAGUUUCAAAACAAUCUUGAAACGUGAUCAUUUGGCGUUUCCAAUGAUUUUGUCUAACCAAAUAAUCCAAUGUACAUUAUUAUUUUAAAAUUGUCUGUAACCUUUAUUUUUUGUUAUGACAGGUUUAGUGAUCAACGGCGACUUCGAAACAUCACCGUCAAGUGGCUUUCCUGACGACGGAGUAACUGACGGACCAUCCGAUAUCCCAAGCUGGAAAUCCAACGGUACGGUGGAGCUAAUAAAUUCCGGUCAAAAACAAGGCGGAAUGAUCCUCAUUGUCCCACAAGGCCGUCACGCCGUCCGAUUAGGGAACGACGCAGAGAUCAGCCAAGAUCUAACGGUUGAGAAAGGUUUUGUCUAUUCAGUCACGUUCAGCGCUGCUCGCACGUGCGCUCAACUCGAAUCGAUAAACGUGUCGGUAGCGUCUGUGAACGCAGACGCGGACGAUAUGCUGGCGUCGCGGAACGUUGAUUUGCAAACGCUUUAUAGCGUUCAAGGGUGGGACCCUUAUGCGUGGGCGUUUGAAGCGGAAGAUGAUCAUGUACGGUUGGUUUUUAAGAAUCCGGGUAUGGAAGAUGAUCCGACUUGUGGACCAAUCAUCGAUGACAUUGCUAUUAAGAAGCUCUUUACUCCUGAUAAACCCAAAGAUAAUGCGGUGAUUAAUGGAGAUUUCGAAGAUGGUCCAUGGAUGUUUAGGAACACGUCUCUUGGUGUUUUACUUCCGACAAACCUCGACGAAGAAAUCUCGUCUCUUCCUGGUUGGACUGUUGAAUCGAACAGAGCGGUUCGGUUUGUUGACUCGGAUCACUUCUCUGUUCCAAAGGGCAAACGAGCCGUCGAGCUACUCUCAGGCAAAGAAGGAAUUAUUUCACAAAUGGUUGAGACCAAAGCAGAUAAGCCGUACAUAUUGUCUUUCUCACUAGGCCACGCAGGUGAUAAAUGCAAGGAACCAUUGGCUAUUAUGGCAUUCGCAGGUGAUCAGGCGCAGAACUUUCAUUACAUGGCGCAAGCGAACUCCAGUUUCGAAAAGGCCGGUUUGAAUUUCACGGCUAAGGCUGAUCGAACCAGAGUUGCGUUCUACAGUGUUUAUUACAAUACGAGGACUGAUGAUAUGAGCUCCUUGUGUGGACCUGUGAUCGAUGACGUUAGAGUGUGGUUCUCCGGGUCGAAGAGAAUCGGAGCUGGGUUUGGGUUUUGGGUUUUUGUUCUUCUCGUUGUCGGUUUGGUUUAAGUAACUCAAAAUUUAGAUGUUCCGGUUUUAUUCUAGUGUACCAGUAAAAUGUUGUUGCAAACCAAGAAGAAUUCUGUAUGGUUUAUUUAUCCAUCGGGUUAAAGCAAAUUCGAAGGUGUUUAUCGUUAUGC